AGCGCCGCCAGUCAUAUCUCCUUCAGAAUUCGGAAAGGUUAUACGUCCGUUUGUAUCUGUCUUUUGUGUGUGUGUUUGUGACUAAACGCCAUGGCCCCGAUUCAGAUGUACGUUCCAUCCCCUGUGCAGGAACAUUCCAGCUCAGCGAGUGACCGUAUUGGCACAUUUAGAAGCUUUGAGGAACGUAAUUCGCAACAAAACCAUAGGCCUACUUUUAGCGAGGACGACCAGUGCUACAAGAUCGUGGUGGACGUGGAGGCCUUCAUGGAGAGCGGCGUGAGGUUCGACGUGGUGAACGAGAACGAGCUGAUCAUCGAGAGUUGCACGGAGAACGGCGAAGGGAACUCCGUCUCGAGGAAGGGCCUCUACCGCCGGUUCCUCUUCCCGAGCCUCGUCAGUGUUGAUACUGUGCGAUCAGUGUUGUCCUGCGACGGCAUCCUUACCAUCACCGUAGCUAAGAAGGCAACGUCUGAUAUAAACACUGGAGAUAUUUCCUAGCCUUCAAAAAGCAGAUGAACGCAGAUGCAAAAUUAAGAGGCUCGUCACAGGUGCGUUGCUAAAUAUCCAACGAAGGAGAAACCGGAGAGGGAAUGAUCGUCUCGAGAAAAAGGCAAAAGUAUCGUGUACCUUCUAUGUCCGUCAGAAAUUUCUGUUGGUGUUAUGGUAUGUCAAUGGGUUGUCUCCACCAGAAUGGACAGAUGGGCUUUUUUCACCGAGAUCUUAAUUCCGACUACAGAUGCAAGUAAACAAAAGACAGUUCUUACUGGAGUCUCCCAAUUCAAGCUCUCGAGAAGAGCCUCAAGUUUAAAUUUCAAGUUGAGGUUACACGAGAAAUCGAUAGACGAAUGAUAAUUUCAAAAUAGUCUAACAUCUUCACAGUGUCAGUAACUCUAUACCUCAGUAUCAAAUGUGAUUGAGGAAAAACGGCAGUCAGACCAGUGCGCGUAUUUCCCAGACUGGGUAAAGCACGACUCUCUUCCAGAACUAUAAAGAAGAAACCAUUUGGAAAGCAAAUGCUAUGCGAGUAGUGUUAUUCAACAUUAUAUUUUAUAUUUAUUUAUUGAAUGUUUAUAUGUCAAAUAUCUUUUUUGACUAUAUCACUGAUGUGGUAGAGAUUUCAUAUACCGUAGCACAUGAUAAAGAAUGGUAAUGCCAUUCAUUCUAAUAUUCAUGCGUGUAUAUUGACCAGGUGAUUAUUACAAGACAGACCAUUACAUUAGAAGUCCCUGUGAGAAUUAUGAUGGCAGUUACUAUAUUAUAUCACUAACUGCAAGGUUUCCUUUACGUUCAGUGUUUAUGUUCUAUAAUAAAGGAUUAAUGCCCCUAU